AUGAUUAUCCCUGAAAAUCGGGGUCAAAGUCUGCAUUUGGGAUGCUCCAGGAAGCAACUGCACACCCUGGAGAAGGACCUGGUGUCUGCCUGUGACCUGCUGGGGGUGGGAGCAGAGUAUGCCAGGGUGGUGGGCUCCGAGUACACCAGAGCGUUGUUCCUGCUCAGCAAGGGGAUGCUGCUCCUGAUGGAGCGGAAGCUGCAGGAGGUUCACCCUCUGCUCACCCUGUGCGGGCAGAUCGUGGAGAACUGGCAGGGGAACCCCAUCCAGAAGGAAUCCCUGCGGGUCUUCUUCCUGGUCCUGCAGGUCACACACUACCUGGAUGCUGGGCAGGUGAAGAGCGUGAAGCCCUGCCUGAAGCAGCUCCAGCAGUGCAUCCAGACCAUCUCCACGCUGCACGACGACGAGAUCCUGCCCAGCAACCCCGCUGACCUCUUCCACUGGCUGCCCAAGGAGCACAUGUGUGUGCUGGUCUACCUGGUGACAGUGAUGCAUUCCAUGCAGGCAGGGUACCUGGAGAAGGCCCAGAAGUACACAGACAAAGCCCUCAUGCAGCUGGAGAAGCUAAAAAUGCUGGACUGCAGCCCCAUCCUGUCCUCAUUCCAAGUGAUUUUGUUGGAACACAUCAUCAUGUGCCGGCUGGUGACGGGACACAAAGCCACAGCCCUGCAGGAGAUCUCCCAGGUGUGCCAGCUGUGCCAGCAGUCACCCAGGCUCUUCUCCAACCACGCUGCCCAGCUCCACACGCUCCUGGGCCUCUACUGCAUCUCUGUUAACUGCAUGGACAACGCAGAAGCACAAUUCACUACAGCACUGAGGCUCACGACACACCAGGAGCUCUGGGCAUUCAUUGUCACCAACCUGGCCAGCGUGUACAUCCGGGAGGGCAACAGGCACCAGGAGCUCUACAGCCUGUUGGAAAGGAUAAAUCCAGACCACAAUUUCCCCGUGAGCUCCCACUGUCUCCGAGCUGCAGCUUUUUACAUCCGAGGGCUCUUCUCCUUCUUCCAGGGGAGAUACAACGAGGCAAAGCGGUUCCUGAGGGAGACCCUGAAGAUGUCCAACGCCGAGGAUCUGAACCGGCUCACAGCCUGUUCCCUGGUGCUGCUGGGGCACAUCUUCUACGUGCUGGGCAACCACAGGGAAAGCAACAACAUGGUGGUCCCAGCCAUGCAGUUGGCCAGCAAGAUCCCAGACAUGUCUGUGCAGCUCUGGUCCUCAGCCCUGCUCAGAGACCUCAACAAGGCCUGUGGGAAUGCCAUGGAUGCUCACGAGGCAGCUCAGAUGCACCAGAACUUCUCCCAGCAGCUGCUCCAGGACCACAUCGAGGCCUGCAGCCUCCCUGAGCACAACCUGAUCACGUGGACAGAUGGACCCCCCCCCGUGCAGUUCCAGGCCCAGAACGGCCCCACCACCAGCCUGGCCAGCCUCCUGUGAACCACAGUAACUAUUCAGGACAAACCUCCACCAAACAAAAGCCAAAAAACAAACAAACAAACAAAAACAAAAAAAACAACAAAAGGAGAAAAAACACAGACACACAAAAAAAAAAAAAAUCCACGCAAAACCCCUUUUCUGCCAGGAAAAGGCAGCAGGUUCCUCUGGGAGGGAGGCCUUGCUGGGAGAGGGGUGGCAGAAGGACAAGAGGAGCCCUUGGUGGGAAGGGCAGCAGGAGCUGCUCCUUCCAGGCAGGAAUAUCCUGGGGUGUGUGUGCUGGUUUGAGCUGCUGCUUUGAGCUGCUCCCCCUCUGGCUGAGAAUUGAGGUUUUUAGUCCAAAGGACUCGUGUUCCUUCACUCUGUUCAGAUCCCUCCUGGCUGGGAGCUCCUGGGAAGCAAAGAGGACUCACUUGGAUCCACGUUGGAUCCACUCCCCCCUUUCCCCUGGAGUGUGGUCCUGCUCUUGUGCCCUCCCUGGGGGUGAUGGGGUGAAAUCAUGAUGGAUUUUGGGGUGCCCUGAAGCUCCCAGUGUAGUUCCUGAGGUGGAAUUCU